AAAUUUGCUAUGCAUAUUGAAGACUAGUGUACUGAAUGGUUUUGAAAAUUUUAGAACACAGCGUCGAUCUUUUUUUUUUUAUUUAGAUAACUUGUUCACGAUUUUACUGAACAACCCUCGCAUUUGCCUCUACCAAUAGGUUAACUCAGACUUUAUCUUAUCUCCACUUGUGUACUUUGUGUCUCAUAUUAUGAAAAUAUGGCACCGAUUUGGAUAACAGUAUUUGCAGCGUGUGUGUGUGUUACUGGGAUCUUAGCAUGUGAUGAUCUAGAUUCUGCAGCCUGUGUCAGACUGGCUUCUUCGCGUCCAGAUAUGUGCAAUGAUACCUGUCUAGCAUCUAUUUGCAAGCGGCACUGCGGACUCUGUCCCCUGAAGUGCUACACAUGUCAUGAUAUCGUUAAACCAGAGACUUGCAACAUUUCGGCAGAGUGUCCUUCAAAUGAUCACAAAUGUAUCUCAGUGAAGUCUUAUACAGAUGACUUCCGUCUUGUUUACAAACUGGGAUGCGCUCCAUCUUCGGUUUGCAGUGGGACAAAUUGCUGUUCAACAGAUAUGUGCAAUAAUCAAGUCAUAUCUAAACGUCAAGCAAAGGUGGAAAACGAACGAAAUUCAGUAGUCACCAGACGACAGACGUUGUCGCCGACCUGUGCUGAUUUAGAUAAUCUAGCCUGCACUCUCCUGUUCACCUCCAACACAGACAUCUGUCAGAAUGACUGUGUCGCCAACGCUAUCUGUCCUCGACUCUGUGGGCGAUGUACUGAGUGUUAUGAUUGUGACCACGUGAUGACAACAGAACGCUGCAAUCAUUCCAGAAUAUGCAAAGCUGGCGAGGUUUGUUUCACUCUAGAAACUUUGAACUUUGAUCUUGAACAUGGUUACAGAAUGGGUUGCGUUCAUCAACAGAUUUGUGAUAAAAUCUCAACUCAAGUAGGCAAUGUGUUCGGACGAAGGUCCAACAUAGAGGUAUCGAUGACCGGGGGUUGUUGUCAUGGCGACCUGUGUAACCAUCACAAACUGACCCCAGCAUCCAUAUCUACAAAACCACCUCCGACUACUGUGCCAACCAUAUCCACAACCACAUCACGAUCCUGUGUAACCACUCAUGGAUGUCCAUUUUCUCCUGCCGCAAAGUAUAAUGGGGAAUGCUACUUCCUGGGAGCCACAAUGAUGACAUGGCUUGAAGCUAAGCUAUUUUGUGAGUCCCAUUGCAGCCAUUUAGCCGUUUUCCGUGACGUUACGGAUCUGAGACAUACUUUGAGUGUCGUUAGUCAUGAUGAUAAUAUAGAGCAUUUACCUGCAAUUCAUCGUCAUAAUUUACCGGAUGUGUACGUUGAUGCUAUAAACCCCGCCCACUCUGGUCAGUUUAUCUGGGAAACCACCCUAGAGUUUGUUCCGUCAUCAAUGUUCGACACUUCCAAGACACUGCAUUUGUAUAAUUGCGCCGUGGCCCACCACGACAAAUUACAUGGCGUUAGCUGCACUUCUACAAAUUAUCCUUUGUGCCAAACUAGAGUUCAGUAAAUUAUAUCAGAAGGA